CCGUCCCCGUGUGGUAACCUUUAACCGCCGCCCAUCCCAGCUGUUUCGUCAGUUGUUGAUACACGCCAACGUCUCCGGGUUUCGUUAUUUUUUUACUCGGCCAAAUCGGGAGCAUGUCGCCGCUGUGUGGCCUCCAAAACACCGGCAAGUAGCUGCUACAUCGUUCGAGAGAAGUUCUAGGGGAAGGAAAAAUGUCGUGGCGCGUGGCGAGGUUUGCGGUGGUCUUGGCGGCAUGUUUCUGGGCAAGAUUUGAUAUGUUCCAGUGCCAGUCCACAGACAACUGUGUCUCUCACAACUGUACCAACGGUGCCACAUGUGUCAGCAACAACUCCACCUCAAACUAUACAUGCUUAUGUCCAGAAGGCUUCGCAGGAGACCUAUGUCAGAUUACAGACUAUUGUGCCAGCAGACCAUGUUAUAACAAUGGCAGCUGUGUGAACCAGCCAGGUGGCUACAGCUGCAGCUGUCCCUCAGGCUACCUGGGACAGAACUGCGAAGCAGCCGUCAGCCGUUGUGCUACCGACAACCCCUGUCAGAAUGGAGCUGUGUGUCAAGAUUUGACACAAGGUGGCUACCAGUGCUUUUGUAAGCAAGGCUACUUUGGAGAAAACUGUUCACGAGAGAUUGAUGAGUGUGCCUCAAACCCCUGUGGAGGCAAUGAAACCUGUCACGAUGUGGUCAACGGUUACGUCUGUCAGUGUCCAAGUGCAGAAAUCAGCAGUGACAGCUGCCAAACCGACCCUUGCACCUGGAACAGGUGUGAGAACGGUGCCACCUGUACCGGUGCAGGUGAGAACUACACCUGUGCGUGUGCGGAGGGGUUCCAUGGAGCCCACUGUGAGAUGAACAUUGACGACUGCACCAAUGCCACAUGUCAGCAGUACGAAGUGUGCACGGACCUUGUGGCAAACUACAGCUGCUCCUGUCCACCUGGUAAGACUGGUGCUCAAUGUGAGUCUGACCUGGACUCCUGCUGGACUCAACCAUGUCUGAAUGGGGGUGCCUGUUCUCCUGCUUCCUCCACACAAUAUGGGACAAAUUACACAUGCAACUGUACAGCUGGAUUCAUAGGUCCAAACUGUGAAGGUGAUAUUAAGGAGUGCCUGUCCUCCCCCUGCCAGAAUAAUGGGACGUGCCAGGAGCCCAUAGGACAGGCAGGCUUCACCUGUCAGUGCCCUGAUGGUUACUAUGGCGAUCUCUGUGAGACCCCGCCCAGUGCAGUGAACUGUAGUAUCCAGGACCCAUGUGAAAAUAAUGGGACAUGUGUGGACACACCGCAAGGUACCAACUGCACUUGUACUUCAGGAUGGGAGGGGGGCACAUGUCAGGAGGAUGUGAACGAGUGCUCAACCUCACCCUGUCUAAAUAACGGCGUGUGCGAAAACCUGCCCGGUACAUACCGCUGCCUCUGUCCACCGGAAUGGACCGGCCUGAACUGCGAAGAGGACGUCCAGGAGUGUGCCUCGAGCCCCUGCUUGAAUAAUGGGACGUGCCACGAGGGGGUAGGAACGACUUACAACUGCAGUUGUAGUGAAGGGUUUUCAGGAAGAAACUGUGAGAUUGACAGUAGUAAUACUACAGAGUGUGGCUCUUCACCAUGUGUGAAUAAUGGAACAUGUGUGGAAAAUGGAGCAGAAAUGUACACAUGUAACUGUACAGACGGCUUUACAGGGCAAAACUGUGAAAUUCCACAGAAUGUGUCUACUGUGUGCACACCAAAUCCAUGUAUGAACAAUGGUACGUGUCUCGAAAAUGGCACUGAAAUGUACACAUGUAACUGUACAGAAGGGUUCACAGGAGAGAACUGUGAAACUUUGCAGAAUAUCUCUUCAGUGUGCACCCCAAAUCCUUGUAUGAACAAUGGUACAUGUCUAGAAAAUAGAUCAGAAAUGUACACAUGUAACUGUACAGAAGGGUUUACAGGGCAAAACUGUGAAACUCCACAGAAUGUGUCUACUGUGUGCACACCAAAUCCUUGUAUGAACAAUGGUACGUGUCUAGAAAAUGGCACUGAAAUGUACACAUGUAACUGUAAUGAAGGAUUCAUAGGGCAAAACUGUGAAAUUCCACAGAAUGUGUCUACUGUGUGCACACCAAAUCCAUGUAUGAACAAUGGUACGUGUCUCGAAAAUGGUACUGAAAUAUACACAUGUAACUGUACAGAAGGGUUCACAGGAGAGAACUGUGAAACUUUGCAGAAUAUCUCUUCAGUGUGCACCCCAAAUCCUUGUAUGAACAAUGGUACAUGUCUAGAAAAUGGAUCAGAAAUGUACACAUGUAACUGUACGGAAGGGUUUACAGGGCAAAACUGUGAAACUCCACAGAAUGUGUCUACUGUGUGCACACCAAAUCCUUGUGACAACAAUGGAACUUGUAUCGAAAAUGGCACAACUUACACCUGCAGUUGCACAGAGGGUUAUGAAGGUGUGAACUGUGAAACACCUGUAGCCACCUGCAAUGCCAGUCUGUGUCAGAACAACGGCACCUGCAAUGGAUCAGCUGACAACUUCACCUGCGUGUGUCCAGAUGGUUUCACAGGUGCAUACUGUGAGACAAGUGUUGACAGAUGUGGUCCCAACACCUGUAACAACAAUGGCACCUGUAUGGAUGAUGGAGUGAAUGUCACCUGCCUGUGUGCACCUGAAUAUACAGGCUCUUUCUGUGAAACGGAGGUAGAAUUAUGUGCUACAAGUCCUUGCAAUGAAACCACCAGCCUCAACUGUACCAACAUAUUCCCACUGGACUACAACUGCACCUGCAUCGAUGGCUACACUGGCAAAAACUGCAGCGAGGAGGUCAACGAGUGCGAAAGUCAACCGUGUUUGAAUAACGCGACAUGCCAGGACAUGGUUGGAGGCUUCACGUGCAUCUGUCCAGAAGGUUUCUAUGGUACUUACUGCGAAAAUGUCACGAGUAUGUGUGAGUUAAACCCGUGUAACGAGAACACAACUCUAAACUGUACCGACAUACCAGGAGGUUACAACUGCUCCUGCCUGCCUGGCUAUACUGGUAAAAACUGUACCACCAACAUUGACGACUGCAUCAGUCGGCCUUGCCAGAAUGGAGGGUUAUGUAUGGAUGGAGUGGAUUCCUACAGUUGCCAGUGUGUUGAUGGUUACUUAGGGGAAACAUGUGAGAUACCAGAUCUAUGCUUCAUGCAACCAUGUGAACACGGUGCAAACUGUACACUAGGUCAAGACUACCAAAACUACACCUGCUCCUGUACUGAGGAGUAUUAUGGAAGAAACUGUAGUUUGUACGACUACUGCCACAAUGUGACGUGCCAGAAUAAUGCGACAUGUAGUAUCAACGGUACAGGUUUCGUCUGUGAGUGUUUGCCAGGUUAUGUGGGAGAGCUGUGUGAUGUCUACGACUACUGUUUGGCAAAGCCGUGCGUACAUGGAACGUGCCAACUCCUACCUGAUAGUUACACCUGUAGCUGUGAUCCGGGCUAUGAGGGGACGAACUGUGAAAACGAUAUUGAUGACUGCGCAUCCGACCCUUGCCAAAAUGGAGCAACAUGUAUUGAGAGCGGUAUCGAUACAAGCGGGCAGUUCUACCUCGGGUACAACUGUACUUGCGUGGCCGGGUUUGUCGGCAAUAAUUGUGAAAAUGAGACAGACGAGUGUACUAGCAAUCCUUGUCUCAAUGGCGGCAGUUGUACCAAUCUUGUUAACGGCUACAACUGUACGUGCUUGCCGGGUUUUGAAGGCGACACCUGUGAAUUGGACAGAAGAGGCUGCGAUUCCAGUCCAUGCUUCAACGGCGCCACUUGCGAAGAACUUGAUGCGGAGCUCGGUACAUACAACUGUCUCUGUCCUUUCGGUUUUAACGGGACUUUGUGCGAAAACAAUAUCGACGACUGCACACCCAACCCUUGCUUGAAUGGUGGCAUCUGUGAAGACCUCGUUAACGACUUCAACUGCACGUGCCCCGAAGGAUUCAGCGGGCGUGGUUGUCAGGACACCAUCAACUCGUGCUCGCAGUCCCCAUGCCAAAAUGGCGGAACGUGCCACUACAUCGGAGCAUGUACGUGUGAGGAUCCUAGGAGCCCUGAAGUGAUCGCGUGCGGAGAGCACAACGAGACGUGCCAGAGAAUAGCUUGCGAGAACGAGCCACUGAACACGUGUGAAGUAAGAACUACAUCGUACGAGUGUCAGUGUGCUCCGGGCUACUCGGGUAGUGACUGUGAAGUAGAGACAAACGAAUGUAGCCCCAAUCCAUGCCAAAACAACGGCACAUGUACAGACUUGUUGAAUGCCUACUCCUGCAACUGUAAUGGGACAGGCUACAGUGGAGACGUGUGUACUGUUGACGUAGAUGAGUGUUUGGUCGCGGGAACCUGUGAAAACGGAGCGACCUGUGCAAACUUUCCUGGUGGUUUCAGCUGCCAGUGUCCUGUUGGAUAUGAAGGUAGCAUAUGUGCAGAAGAGAGCCCAGGUCCAGCUGCAAAUGCCACAGAUCCUUUUGUGUACAUAGUUAUUGCAGAGCAACUCCAUUUCCUUUCCCUCUUUCUGAUGAUAGGGAUUCCUAUCAUCCUGGUCCUGGUGAUUGUCAUCGCAGCGAUCAUCUACGGGACCCGGUAUGCCCGUAAGGUCCGGCGCAUGAAGGGGAAGUACAACCCAGCCGCUGCGGAGAUGGAGAUAGGAACUCCUCUGGAGAUGCUGGACCAGGAUACGGAGGAGAGACUUAUAUAGUCACACAGGAGGACAGAAUCAUACAGUAACAUGGUCUCCUGUCAAGGAAUUAUGUUUUGUACUGUUAGGUGAUGGGUCAGGGAGGGGUAAUGUACUGAAUUGACCACUUCAGUUUUACAAGUUUGCAGCUUCUGCUUGUUCAUACCAGGAUUUGCAAAGUCAGGAGGUUGGUUUGGUGGACUAAGAUAGAUCCGCUUUGGAGAUGAAUUCAGACACUCAUAUCAGGAUUCGCAAAUCGGGAUCACACCCGUGGCCUGAGUGAAUCUCGCUUUGCAACUCCUGGUAUUAACGGGGUCUUAGUGAUACACCAAAAAGCAGUUACUCAAUCAACUGGGUAUGAUUUUGGAAACUGUCAGACGUUUCAAACAACAUCCAGUGUUUUUCGUCAGUGACACAGAAGAAAUCUUUUUGUUCUUAGCUAUAGCAAUAUCAAGGUGACCGGUAUGCAGGGAAAUAACUGUAAAGCAAUAUGCUUUAAAGUGUUUUAUUUUAUAUACUUCAAAACGUGCUCAAACAUAUUAUAACUGUCAAGGCUAGAGAGGAGUAACAGAUGUGAUG